AUGUCGGCAGCGACCACCCAAGUCCUUCCUGCGGGCGCUGGCUGGGCCGUCGUGUGCGGCCUGGGUUUCCUCUUUGCGCUCUUCAUCAUCGGCCUGUCGUUCAUCCAGCAGCGCUACACGUCGCUCUCGAUCAAGGACACGGACGAGUUUGCCUCGGCAUCGCGCUCGGUCAAGCCUGGCCUGGUCGCCUCGGGCAUCGUGUCGGCGUGGACGUGGUCGUCGACGCUGCUCCAGUCGUCGGCCAUGGCCUACAAGGUCGGCGUGUCGGGUGGCUACUACUACGGCGCCGGUGCCACGAUCCAGAUCCUCCUCUGCUCGAUCAUGGCCUGCCGCAUCAAGCUCAACGCUCCGUUCGCCAGCACGUUUCUCGAGGUGCUGCGGGUGAGAUGGGGCAAGGCGACGCAUCUCACCUUCCUCGCCUUUGCGCUGGUGACCAACCUGCUCGUCUCGAGCCAGCUCGUCGUCGGCGGCUCGGCCGUCGCCAGCACCUUGACGGGCAUCCCCACGCUCGCCGCCAUCUGGCUGAUCCCGCUCAGCGUCGCCUGCUACGUCCUCGUCGGCGGCAUGCGGGCCACGCUCCUCGCCGACUACACCCACACCGUCGGCCUGCUCGUCAUCAUCCUCUUCUUUUUCUUCAAGGUGUGGAUCGCCAGCGACCAGAUCGACGGCUUCGGCGGCAUGGUGGCCAGGCUCACGGCGAGCGCCAGCAUCGACGGCAACGCCGCCGGCUCGCCCCUCACGUUCCGCAGCACCGACGGCCUCGUCUUUGCCGUCAUCAACAUCUGCGGCAACCUUGGCACCGUCUUCGCCGACCAGUCCUACCACCAGCGCUCCAUUGCCAGCAACCCGAGCACGGCGGCGCGGGCGUUUCUGCUGGGCGGCUCGGCCUGGUUCGCCAUCCCAUUCCUCUUUUCCAUGACCAUGGGGCUGGCCGCCCGUAGCCUGAUGGGCAACGAUCCGGCCAUGCCGCUGCUCAGCUCCGCCGACGUCUCGGCCGGCCUCGCCGCGCCCGCCGCCGCCGUCGCCAUCGCGGGCAAGGGAGGCGCGGUGGCCAUGCUCAUCCUCCUCUUCCUCGCCGUCACGUCGGCGUCGAGCGCGCAGCAGGUCGCCGUCGCCCCUGACCUCCGCCCGCACGCGUCGGGCCGCGAGGUCUUCUUUGUCACGCACGCCGCCGUCGUGCUGUGGGCCGUCGUGAUGGGCGUGUUCGGCACCGUCUUCUUCUACGCCGACAUCAGCCUCGGCUGGCUCUACCUCUGCAUGGGUAUCCUCAUCUCGCCGGCGGUGGUGCCCAUCUUUUGCGGGCUGACGUGGAGGCGGACCAGUCGCGCCGCGUGCAUGGUCGGAAUGGUGGGCGGCGUCUCGCUCGGCGUCGUGGCGUGGCUGGCGACGGCGCGGGCCCUCUACGGCCCGCUCAGCGUCACGACGACCGGCAUGGACUACCCGACGCUGGCGGGCAACCUGGUCUCGCUCUGCACCUCGGGCAUCGUCACCGUCGUCGGAACGCUCCUCUGGCCCGAGACCGAGGACCACUUUGUCCGCACCCGCGCCAUCAACGCGCCCGCCGACGUCCUGGACCGGCUCAAGGCCCACGCGUCCCUGCCCGGAUCGACGCUGGCGCCGUCGUCAUCGGCGGCAUCGACGUCGAGCAUGGAGAAGGCGGACCUCGAGCAACCCGGCUCGCCCGGCGGCAAGGCCACGCACGCCACAACGACGCUCGGAGACGACGGCGUCGACUACGUCAAGGCGGCAGGUCUAGACGCCGCCGAGCUCAAGAGGACGCUGCGCCUGACGACGUGGGUCAGCGUCGCCGCGUCGGUGCUGCUGUGCGUCGUCAUCCCGGCGUGCCUGGCGAGCCGGCGGGUGUGGAACGUGACGGGCCUCCAGGCCUACAUCUGGCUCGGCUUUGUCUGGCUCUGCUGGACCGCCGUCGCCGUCGGACUCUUGCCCGUCUGGGAGUCGAGGCACGAGCUCGCCGCCAUCCUCCGCGGCAUCGCCGGCGACCUCACCGGCCGGCGGCGCAAGGCGUGA